AUGUUCCGGCGAAUUUUCAUCGUCCCCAUUCUCCUCUUACUUCCCGUCGCUUCGUCGAGGUCCAACCAUAGUAACGAAGUCGAGAAUCUUCUCAAAUUCAAAUCCGCCUUUCGAGAAACAGAAUCCGACGACUUCUUCGCCACCUGGACUCACCGGAACUCUGCUUGUGAAUUCGCCGGAAUCGUCUGUAACUCCGGCGGAAACGUCGUCGAAAUCAAACUCGGAAGUCGGAAAUUGACGAACUGCGGCGAUCUUCCUUUCGAUUCAAUCUGCGAUUUGAAGUUUCUGGAGAAGCUUGUUCUCGGAAACAACUCCUUACGUGGCCAGAUUCGUAACGAUCUCAGGAAAUGCAAUCGCCUGAGAUACUUAGACCUCGGAAUCAACAAUUUCUCCGGCGAGUUUCCGGCGAUUGAUUCGUUGCGAUUACUCGAGUUUUUGAGCUUAAACGCCUCUGGAAUCUCCGGGAGAUUCCCAUGGAACUCUCUGAAAAAACUAAAGAGAUUGAGUUUCUUAAGCCUCGGAGAUAACCGGUUCGAACCGAAUCCAUUCCCAGGGGAGAUUCUAAAUCUCACUUCCUUGAAUUGGGUUUAUCUCAGUAACAGCAGCAUCACUGGUAAGAUUCCAGAGAGAAUCAAAAACCUUGUUCUUCUACAAAACCUUGAGCUCUCUGAUAAUGAAAUCUCCGGUGAGAUUCCAAAGGGGAUUUCUCAGCUCAGAAACCUUAUCCAGCUUGAGAUUUACAACAAUUACUUGACCGGUAAGUUACCCAUCGGGUUCGGGAAUUUGACGAAUCUGAGGAGCUUCGACGCAUCGAAUAACUCGUUAGAAGGUGAUUUGUCAGAGCUUAGGUCUUUAAAGAACCUCGUUUCUCUUGGAUUGUUCGAAAACCGACUAUCCGGUGAGAUACCAAAAGAGUUUGGAGAUGAUUUCAAGAGUUUAGCUGCUUUGUCUCUUUACAGAAACCAGCUCACAGGGAAGCUACCGGAAAGACUCGGAUCUUGGACAGGUUUUAAACACAUUGAUGUGUCUGAGAACUUCUUGGAAGGUCAGAUUCCGCCGGAUAUGUGUAAGAAAGGAGUAAUGACGCAUAUUCUGAUGUUACAGAACAGGUUCACGGGACAAUUCCCAGAGAGCUAUGCGAAAUGUAAGACUUUGAUUCGUAUUCGCGUAAGCAACAACUCACUCUCUUGUGUGGUUCCUUCUAGUAUUUGGAGUUUGCCUAAUCUCCAGUUUCUUGAUCUUGCUUUAAACAGUUUUGAAGGACCUUUCACUGGUGAUAUUGGUAAUGCCAAGUCUCUUGGCUCUUUAGAUUUGAGUAGCAAUCGGUUUUCAGGUUCUCUACCGACUCAGAUCGCUGGAGCUAACUCGCUAGUGUCGGUUAAUAUUCGUAUGAAUAAGUUUUCCGGGCAAGUUCCCGACUCUUUAGGCGAGCUCAAGGAGCUUUCAAAUCUCUAUCUUGACCAGAAUAAUCUGUCUGGUGCUAUACCAGAGUCACUAGGCUUGUGUGCGUCUCUGGCUGAUGUCAAUCUAGCUGGAAAUUCACUCUCCGGUAAAAUCCCGGAAAGUUUAGGAUCUUUACAGUUAUUGAACUCUCUGAAUCUGUCAGGAAACAAACUAUCAGGAAUGAUUCCGGUUGGUUUAUCGUCUCUUAAGCUAAGCUUACUUGACUUAUCCAACAACGAAUUGAACGGUUCUGUUCCUGAAUCACUCGAAAGCGGAAGCUUUGAAGGAAAUUUAGGGCUAUGCAGCUCAGACAUUGCAUAUCUUCAUCCAUGUCCGCAUGGAAUACCUCGAGGCCACGACACGACAACGAAACACUUGUCUAAGUUGGAGAUCUGUUUCAUCGUUGCUAUGGUACUUGCUCUGUUUCUCUUAUUCUGUUACGUGAUCUUCAAGAUAGAGCGAGAUAGGUCAAACCGAAUGGCUCAGAAGAAGAACAACUGGCAAGUGAGCUCUUUCCGAGUACUAAACUUGAACGAAAUGGAAAUCAUCGAUGAGAUCAAGUCAGACAAUCUCAUAGGCAGAGGCGGUCACGGGAAUGUGUACAGAGUAACCCUAAGAAACGGCGAAACACUAGCCGUUAAACACAUCUGGAGCUCAGAGAUUUGCAAUGAAAGCUUUAGAAGCUCAACAAAAAUGCUAAAUGACAAAAAAAUCAACAGCGAAAGUAGCCGAGAAUUCGAGGCAGAAGUAGCGACACUAAGCAAUAUAAAACACAUAAACGUUGUGAAGUUGUACUGCAGCAUAACGAGUGAGGAUAGUAAGUUGCUUGUCUAUGCGUAUAUGCCUAAUGGGAGCUUGUGGGAGCAGUUGCACGAGCGUCGUAGCGAGCAAGAAAUUGGAUGGCGUGUGAGACAAGCGAUAGCUUUAGGAGCUGCGAAAGGGUUGGAGUAUCUGCACCAUGGGUUAGAUCGGCCUGUGAUUCAUCGUGACGUCAAGUCCAGCAAUAUAUUGCUUGAUGAGGAAUGGAGACCGAAGAUUGCUGAUUUUGGAUUGGCUAAAAUCAUUCAGCCUGAUUCGGUUCAACGAGAUUUCUCGGCUCCUCUUGUUAAAGGAACUCUCGGUUACAUUGCCCCCGAGUAUGCAUACAUGACGAAAGUGAACGAGAAGAGCGAUGUUUACAGCUUCGGGGUGGUGUUAAUGGAGUUGGUGACCGGUAAGAAGCCUGUUGAAGCAGAGUUUGGCGAGAACAGAGAUAUCGUCAUGUGGGUUUGGAGCUGGAGCAAGAAGAUGAACAGAGAGAGAAUGAUGGAAUUAAUCGAUCCGAUUGUAGAAUAUGAAUACAAAGAGGAUGCUCUUAAAGUAUUGACCAUUGCUUUGUUGUGUACAAACAAGUCUCCUCAGGUUAGACCGUAUAUGAAAUCGGUGGUUUGUAUGCUGGAGAAAACAGAGCCUUCCUGCAACAACAAUGGAGAAGCAAGUUACGAUGAGAUUGAUAGUGAUGAGAUUACUGAAGUUGUAUAA